AAUAUGAAGCAGCAGCAGCAGCAGCAGAAAGCAAAGGAAACGACGCAGUUUAGUUUGGCAUUUAGCGAAGGCAAUGGAGAAGAAAACGCUGUUGGCGGAGAGCGAUUACUACUACAGGGUGGAGUUCAGAGCGUGCAAGGACGACGCGUGGUACGCGACGCGCGUUUCGCUGGAGGGAGAAACACUGAAAGUGAAGUACUUCAACUUCCCCGACGAAUACGACAACGCGUUUCGAGCCUCCGAGUUUGGGGACUUGGAAAAGCUUCAGGAGUUUGGGGAACGCUUCAGAACCCUCUCCAAACAGGCUCAGGACAGCGAUUGUCGUUCACUCGCUGAGGGUGUCUGGGUCUGCGCGUGUCAUUGUUUCGGCGAUGAUGAUCUUCGCUACUACGACGCUGUCGUCGACGGGGUGCAACAUGGAAAGCAUUAUUGGAAAGCAGGAAAGGAAACAUGCUUUUGCACCUUCAUACUUUUCUGGUUACAAGGGCCAAAUGCGGGAAAUUUGACUGCUACAACAAUUCAGGAUAUCUGCAUGGUUCAGCUUGAACGGCAGCUAGAUCCUGUAGUGGCUUCAUUUCUAGAGAUGGCAAGGAGGAAAAUAGAACGACCAGCAAAGGAAAAACAAUGUGCUAAUCAGUCUGUUGUCAAAUUUUGUUCACCUGAAGUUAGUUGUCAUGACAGGGAAGAUAGGGUUAUUGAAGGAACAAAAAAAAAAAUGUGUAUGAUAUUGAUUGCCAAUAUCGGUAGAGAGUUAUGUCCAUCAGCAAUUACAGAGUUCUUACAUAGACAUACUUCAGUAUCGGCUAGUGUCUUCAUUUUUCCGAAUUUGGCAUCGGAGGUAUAUUCCAGGGGAGCCAUUAUGUUGGAUUCUGAAAAAGAGUUCCAAAAGCUGUGUGACUUUUUGAAUAAUCCCAACUGCAUCGUAAUAUCUUCAACUGAAAGGCCAUGGGUAGUACUUGAAAAGCUAGUGGGGCUCAAAAAAAUUAAAGCAUCAAUAGGAAGAUUUGUGAAUACAUCAACGAAUAUAUUACAAAAAGGAAAGAGUGGAAGGAGCGACAGUUUGAAGGUUGUAUACUCAGGAACUCAAGAAUUCAAGAUAGCUAGUGACAUGAGGGAUUUGUUUUUGGAAUUUUUUAAUCACCAAGAGCGGCUACACAAGAGGCUUGCCCUUGAGGAGAGAAGGGUAUGUAACUAAUGAACAACUUGCUUAACUGUUUGUUGUCCAGUUUUUACUGGUUUGGUAUGUAAUUGUGAUGAUGUUGUAAUUUGCAAACGUAACUACUAGAUCAUAGAAGUCUGUUAGGUAUCACUCAAACUUGUCCCCAUAGAGCUUAGUGGGAGCUAUGUGCGACAAGAUAUCAUCAAUUUUAGUACAGACUGCAAAAGAGACAAACUCGUUGCUGUGGUUCCAUAUGUGAAGUGAUAAAUAUAACUAGGCUUCUUGGUCUUGUCAAAAACCACUGUAUAUUGAUUACUGAGAUGCUAAUUCACACAUUUAUCCCCUUGAUCAA